CUUUUAAAUUCCUGUUCCCCUGCAGCGCAAUUUGUCAGAGCGAAUGGUGUCUGCUUGCCUCGAUGCUCGUGCGCAUGUUACUUAAUGUUCCGUUAACAAUAUCUACUACAAUCAGGGUCUUGACUGCUUGAAAACCUCCAUGGUUCGCCCGGCUCUCUUCAUCAUGGUGUUAUUACAGUUGUGAGCUCGCUUGUGUCUUUUGUUUUUCCGGCUGAAGCUACUGAGUGGACUGGUACCAGGAGGAGGAGGAGGAGGAGGACUUGGUUCCCCUGCCUGAGGGAAAACCCGAGCAGAAAAAGACAAUAAUGCAACAUUGGACUUUGCUCGUGUGUUAUUUAUGUACUGAUAGGGUGUUUUGAACGGACUGCGGAAAUACAACACAUUAUUGCUUUUGUUUUCUUCAAUGCACGGCCACUAGAACAGAAUACGAGGAAAGCGCUGCAACGUUACAAGAUCAUCACCUCAGACCCAAGACAGUCCUCGACAAACAGGGUGUAACCCUAAAACCCGUGGCAGGAUGUCUUCUACGAAAUACAAGAAGGAUAAGGAGAUCAUAGCGGACUAUGAGACCCAAGUGAAAGAGAUCCGUAACCAGCUGGUGGAGCAGUUCAAAUGUUUGGAGCAACAGUCUGAGUCUCGGAUCCAGCUGCUGCAGGACCUGCAGGAGUUCUUCCGCCGCAAGUCAGAGAUUGAACUGGAAUACUCCCGCAGCUUAGACAAGCUGGCCGAGAGGUUCUCCUCCAAGAUCCGCAGCUCCAGGGAACACCAACAGUUCAAGAAAGACCAGCACCUGCUGUCCUCAGUAAACUGCUGGUACCUGGUGCUGAACCAGACGAGGCGAGAGAGCCGUGACCAUGCCACCCUCAGCGACAUCUACACUAACAACGUCAUCCUCCGCUUUGCACAGAUCAGCGAGGACAUCAUCCGCCUGUUCAAGAAGAGCAAGGACAUUGGGAUCCAGAUGCACGAAGAGCUGGUGAAGGUGACGAAUGAACUCUACACUGUGAUGAAAACAUACCACAUGUACCACACUGAGAGCAUCAGUGCAGAGAGCAAGCUGAAGGAUGCUGAGAAGCAGGAGGAGAAGCAGUUCAGCAAGUCCGGAGAUCUCAACGUUAACCUCCUGCGCCACGAGGACCGCCAACCAAGACGCAGCUUUGUCAGGAAAAUAGAAAAGAUAAAAGAGAAGAGGCAAGCAAAGUAUUCAGAGAACAAGCUGAAAUGCACAAAAGCCCGGAAUGACUAUUUGUUGAACCUGGCAGCAACAAAUGCUGUAGUGGCGAAAUAUUACAUCCAUGACGUCUCUGAUAUGAUUGAUUGCUGUGACCUGGGCUACCAUGCUAGCCUUGCACGCACUCUCAGGACCUACUUAUCUGCCGAGUACAACUUGGAGACAUCACGCCAUGAGGGACUGGAUAUCAUAGAGAAUGCAGUAGACAACCUGGAUAACCGCAGUGACAAGCACAAGAUCAUGGAUAUGCAUAACCAGGUGUUCUGCCCUCCAAUGCGCUUUGACUACCUGCCACACAUGGGAGAUGAGGUGUGCCAGGUGAGCGCCCAGCAGCCGGUCCAGACUGAACUCCUGAUGCGCUACCACCAGCUGCAAUCUCGCUUAACUACGCUGAAGAUUGAGAAUGAGGAGGUGAGAAAGACCUUGGAUGCCACCAUGCAGACGCUGCAGGACAUGCUGACGGUAGAGGACUUUGACGUGUCGGAUGCCUUCCAACACAGCCGCUCCACUGAAUCCAUUAAGUCCGUGGCCUCCGAGUCCUACAUGAGCAAGCUGAAUGUAGCCAAGAGGAGGUCGAACCAACACGAGACUGAAAUGUUUUACUUUUCUAAAUUCAAGGAGUACCUCAACGGCAGUAACCUCAUCAUUAAGUUGCAGGCCAAGCAUGACUUACUGAAGCAGACGCUGGGCGAAGGGGAAAGGGCUGAGUGUGGAACUACAAGGCCGCCCACACUUCCCCCUAAACCACAGAAAUUGCGGAAGCCUAGGCCACGCUCUUCGUAUAACCAUAAGCUGUUUAACGGCAAUAUGGAGACCUUCAUUGAGGAUUCUGGUCAACCAAUCCCACUGGUUGUUGAAAGCUGUGUAAGACACAUCAACCUAUACGGCUUGCAGCAGCAAGGCAUAUUUCGUGUGCCGGGUUCACAGGUGGAAGUCAAUGACAUUAAGAACUCAUUUGAGAGGGGUGAAGAUCCCUUGGUUGAUGACCAGAAUGACCAUGAUAUCAACUCAGUGGCGGGGGUGCUGAAGCUCUACUUCAGGGGACUGGAGAACCCCAUCUUCCCAAAGGAGCGCUUCCUGGACUUCAUCUCUACUAUCAAGCUGGAGACUGGAGCUGAGAGAGCUCAUCACAUCCAGCAGAUUACUGUGACGCUUUCCCGCACCAUCAUCAUCGUCAUGAGAUACCUUUUUGCUUUUCUCAAUCAUCUCUCCCAGUACAGCGAUGAGAACAUGAUGGAUCCAUACAAUUUGGCAAUUUGCUUUGGUCCAACCCUGAUGCCAAUCCCGGACGGAUAUGAUCCUGUAUCGUACCAGGCACAUGUCAACGAGGUCGUCAAGACCAUCAUCAUGCACCAGGAACUCAUCUUUCCCAAUCAACGUGAGCUGGACGGCCCCGUCUACGAGAAGUGCAUGAGUGGGGGGGAGGAGUACUGUGACAGCCCACACAGUGAACCAGGAACUAUUGACGAGGCUGACAAUGGAACUGAACCGCACACCAGUGAUGAAGAGGUUGAACAGAUUGAGGCCAUCGCUAAAUUUGACUACGUGGGACGCACUCCCAGGGAGCUGUCUUUCAAGAAGGGAGCGUCUCUGCUUCUGUACCACAGAGCAUCUGAAGACUGGUGGGAGGGACGCCACAAUGGUGUGGAUGGCCUCAUCCCACAUCAGUACAUUGUGGUACAAGAUCUGGAUGAUGCUUUCUCUGAUAACCUCAGCCAGAAAGCGGAUAGUGAAGCGAGCAGUGGACCACUGCUGGAUGAUAAGGGCUCAUUAAAAAAUGAUGCCCCUUCACCAUGUGAACCAUCACCUGAUUACAACUUUGGUGGAGUCAUGGGGAGGGUAAGACUACGGUCAGAUGGAGCUGCAAUCCCUCGUCGUCGGAGUGGUGCAGAGACCCACAGCCCAACCAGAGGGGCCGACACCCCGCCACGGGCUGCAGCCUGUCCCAGCAGCCCCCACAAGGUGUCCAUCAGCAAGGGGCAUAUUGAGAGCCCAGAAAAGAGGCGCAUAGGCACCUUUGGCAGUUCAGGAAGCAUCAACUACCCAGAAAGGAAGGCCUAUCCUGAGGGCCACCCUUUGAGACCGGUGCCUGGGGCCACUCGCCACAGCAGCCUCGGGGACCACAAAUCACUUGAGACUGAAGCUCUGGCUGAUGACAUAGAGAAGACUAUGAAUACAGCGCUUCAUGAGCUCCGGGAGCUGGAGCGACAGAACACGGUAAAGCAGGCUCCUGAUGUGGUGCUGGACACUCUGGAGCCCAUGAAGAACCCGGUGAGCUCUGAGCCCGGCAGCCCUCUGCACACCAUCAUGAUCCGUGACCCGGAUGCAGCCAUGCGCCGCAGCAGCAGCUCCACAUCCGAGAUGAUGAGCACUUUCAAACCCGCUCUCUCCGCACGGAUGGCUGGGGCUCAGCUGCGCCCCCCACCCAUGAGGCCGGUGCGCCCCCCUCCCACCCAGCACCGCUCCAGCAGCUCCAGCUCUUCAGGGGUCGGCAGCCCUGCUGUGACUCCCACUGAGAAGAUGUUUCCCAGUAACAGUACAGCUGCUGUUAGCAUGGGUACAUCCAGUGAUGCUGGAGAUAAGUCCGGUACCAUGUAGCAAAGGUAGAAUCUGCAAGGUGUUCAGGUUGUAAAGCUUGAAGUGUGGGAAAAGCUUAUGGAAAUGAGUGCUGAUGUGUGAGAAGCAGAUAUGGAUAUUUUCCUCUGUUUUCCGCCUGACUUAAUUCAUAUAUUCAGGAAGCUCUUGAAGCAAGCCUACAAUAUGUUGCCAUGGGGAUAAAGCGGUUAAAGAAGCUGUAGAGGUGUGAUAACGCAAAGCUCAACUCUCUUUGAAUCUUGAUCCAACUGAAGAAAAUGUUUAUAAGAAUACAUGUAAUUCAGUUUUACCUCGGUUUAAAAAUAAAGAAUCUCUGGCCAUAUUCUCGUUUCAGAGAUAAAAUGGAUGCAAGUGAAGCAAUACUUGUGUAACAUUUAGUAUUGCUUUGCACCAAGCACACAUUGUCCAGCUGACGUUUGAUUUACUCCUUCUGAAGUGUAUGAAGCACCUCAUCUGGACAAUGUCAACAUUCAGGCUAAAAUACCAUGUCUGCUUACCAUUGAGGUCACAUGCUUUAUGGCUGUACAUACAAACUUACUUGAAGUACCCAUGCUUUCUGUUUGUACUAUAAUAGAGUGGAUGUUAAGCGAAGUGGCCCCUUAGAGACAUUCUAUACUUCUGCAUGCUGGGUUUGGGUCAAAUUAGCAAAACAUUAAGACUUACAUCAUUUAGAAAUGUGUAAUGAUGUGGGACUUUCUUAUUUCCUCAUUGUAAGAAUAAGAAAUCAGUUUGAAACUAGUUUGAAACCUAAACUUCAAAAAGAAAAAUUCAGAUGUACACAUAUUUGAUUAAGAAACACAUGGGGAACUCUCAGUGUUACGUUUUGAACCUGCCAUGUGUGGGGUACUCUAGAUGUUGUACCUAAAUCAUUGCAUUCACUGCUUAAAAUAAACGCAUCCUGGCAUGAAUAUGAUCUCUGAAGCCUGAGAUGUACUAAUCUGACCUUAACAAAGCAAGUCAUCCUCCAAUAUAGUGUAUUGUUGGACUGUGGGCAGACUUAACAAAGCAAAUUCAUCAACUAAUCUAGGAAACCUGUGGUCAACCUGUACAUAAUAUAUAGCUAGAUUCUUUUUAAGUGGUCAGUCUUGUACAAAAAAAAGACAAAAAAGGUUGGCUGUAAAUGGCACUUAGAGUUAAGAACCCCAUAUAUCUGAAUAUUAUCAUAUUCAUUUAAGAACAAACAUAAUCUUUAACUGCUUAAAGUUCAAAUAAUAAACCUUGAACUGUCUGCUUUUGGGAAUAGUACAGUAGAAAACGGAUUGCUGUUGAACGGACAAGAAGCCUGAGUACAUUCUUUCUUUAUUAUCUUUAGACACACUUGCCCAUUUUCACACUCAGUUUGUUAAUCUUGAAUUGUUGCCACUUCAAAUUACAUUUGGGUGAUAUUAUUUCAUUAUAGGCAUAAUAAAAUACCCUCCGACAGUUCCUCUUUUAAAUUAAAAAUGUGAUACUCACCAAGAGGAACUAGCAACGUUGAUGUUGUGACAUACUGUUAUCAGAUUCCUUCCUUCCUGCCUUUUUCUGCUUCUUUUUGAUGAAUACAGUUAUGCUCUGACUGUAGACCAUUUAUUUAGUUGAAAGGAAACUAAACAGAUACAUUUCAGUGUUUAUAUCUACCAUACCUCUUGUCACUCUGACAACUCUAGUCCAGACAGAGACCUUAAUAUCCGCAUCCCAAAGAGUCUGCUGUGUGCUGCAUGUCUGACUCAUAUUCUGCAGCAGUUAAACAAUGGCUGUAUGUGGUGCCUUGCCUUGGUAAAAUGCACACAAUAACUCAAUAUUGGAUGUUUGUUUUUAGAGAAAUGGUUCUUAACAUUAACAGGGAUUGGAAAUGAUUAAUUAAACAGUUGCCAAAUAGUGAAAGGAACAAUGCUUGAUUGAGUAAAAUCAGUUUAAACAUUAGCAUGUAAACAAGGCCCUGAUUCCACUGUUAAUCUGCAGUCAGUCUGUAUAUUCUAAAGUGUUACUGAUGUACAUGUAAAUUGAACUCAUUUGCUUGUUGUCGAGGGAUUGAGUUUUAGGGAAGAGCGCUCCAACAACCAGUAAAAAAAAAAGGAAAUACAGCAUUUAAACUCAAACAGUGCCCUCACACCCUCUGCUGGUUCCUGCUGGUAUUGCCUCUUGUGACGCACUUUCCAUGGGCCUUUUAAUCUGGAGCUAAAAUAACAAUCACUAAUCUUUUCCAUAUAGUUUCAUGUGUUGGUCCUGGUUACAGUAUUGUAACUGUUAAAAUCUAUGAAGAAGAUGUUACUACAAAAGUCAUGUUUAUUAAAAAACAAAGAAAGCACACAAUUUCAAAAGGGUUAAAUUACCAUCAUUAUAUUUAACUAGACUGUUUUGUAUUUUAUUUAUAGACACUUGUUUGACACAUGCUUGAGUGCCUUUUGUGCACAACAUCAAUUUUUAUUGGACUUUUAUAUUUACUUUUUUUACUGUAAUAUGUUGUCUAUAAGUUGUCAUGUUUAUUAUAAACUGAUGUUGCGUUUUUAUCUUUACUUUCUACUGCUACUCAGUUGUCAAAACACCAUAAGAAAUGAAGCGUGUACAGAUAUUCCUCUCAUGAAUUAAAGAGUAAUAUUCAUGAAGUGCUCGUCAGUUUUUGAGGAAGAAUAGGAGUUAAAGAAACUACUGUAUAACAAGCUCUACUGGUGAAAUUCAGUAGAAUCAUCUCAGAAUAAUUCUCUCAUUUUUUAGUUUUCCCUGUGAACUGCCUGUGCUGUGGUUGAGCCGUACUCGUCAUUUAGCUCCUUCCCUUCAUUGCAUUAUUGUUGGUAACUCUUCCUCUUUUUACAGAGGUUAUAAGGCACUUAAUGCGCUGUUCUUCUCCCUACAGUACAUGUGACAUUUUACAAGGAAUGUAUGCUAAAAUGGGUAACACUGUUAGUCUGCUGCCGUGAGAAGAUAAUAAAUUAAUAUUGAAAAAGGACAUCACAGUAAGAGCGCAGACUUUGAUGUUGUGGGACCAGAGUGUGAGUUGCUGUCAUACUGUUUACCUUCUCUUUAAUUGUUUGUCUAGUGAUGCUGUUUGUUGAUGAGUGUCUGGUUGGUUGAAACCUUGUGAUGUAAUGUACACCAUACCACUGACUGGAUGUUGAAAACCCCUGCAUCCAAAUAAAACCAUUAUUGCUCUUUGA